ACUUGACACUGUGGGGCUGGUUCGGCUGGUUGGAGAAACUUUCUUUAGAUUGUAAACCCCUCAAGAUUCGUAAAUGAUUUGGAUUAUUUAAAUAAGUUUCUAAGAAUUUGUAUAAUGAAUUAAACAUUAUUAAAGGAAAUCUUCUAGAGUUUUGCACCAUCAUGGGCGGUCUUUUAAAAGUAAAAGGGCUGCGCAUGUCCGCUCAAAAACAGGAAACACUUUUGAAGUUAACAAUCCUCUCCCUCGCAGCAGUUUUGUCAUUUGCCACACGUUUAUUCUCAGUAUUGAGAUUUGAAAGUGUCAUCCAUGAGUUUGAUCCAUACUUCAACUACAGAACGACCAAAUUUCUGGUCGAAGAAGGCUUUUAUAGCUUUUAUAACUGGUUCGAUGAAGGAGUUUGGUAUCCUCUUGGCAGGAUCAUUGGCGGAACGAUAUAUCCUGGAUUGAUGGUAACGUCAGCAGCCUUGUAUCACGUAGCAUGGAUGCUUAAUAUAACGAUAGACAUCAGAAAUGUUUGUGUCUUUCUCGCUCCGUUAUUUUCAAGUCUGACGACGAUUGUUACGUACUUACUCACCAAGGAACUGCGGGAUUCUGCUUCAGGCUUGUUAGCCGCAUCGAUGAUCGCUAUCGUUCCAGGAUACAUAUCCCGUUCAGUCGCAGGUUCUUACGAUAACGAGGGCAUUGCGAUAUUCUGCAUGCUUUUCACCUACUACAUGUGGAUCAAAGCAGUGAAAACCGGAGCAAUAUUUUGGUCGACGUGUGCGGCUCUGGCAUAUUUCUACAUGGUUUCCUCUUGGGGAGGAUACGUCUUUUUAAUUAAUCUAAUUCCCCUUCACGUGUUGACAUUGAUGGUAACUGGCAGGUUUACGCAUCGAAUUUAUGUCGCAUACAGUGUCUUAUACUGCCUGGGAACCAUUUUGUCGAUGCAAAUUCCUUUUGUCGGAUUUCAGCCUGUUCAGAGUUCAGAACAUAUGCUGGCCAUUGGAGUUUUUGGUUUGUGCCAGAUCCACGCAUUGGUGGAUUACUUACGCAGUAAGCUCUCUGAAACUGACUUCGAAAUCCUCUUCCGUGGACUUAUUGUCUCUACAGUAUCUAUUUCUCUUGUACUUGGUGCCAUUUUGACAUUUACUGGUAAAAUAUCGCCCUGGACCGGAAGAUUCUACUCCCUCUUGGAUCCUUCCUACGCGAAGAACCACAUUCCAAUCAUCGCCUCCGUUUCUGAACAUCAGCCGACUUCUUGGAGUUCUUUCUACUUUGAUCUGCAAAUCCUGGUCUUCCUAUUUCCAGCGGGUUUAUACUUCUGCUUUUCUAAACUUACGGACUCGAACAUUUUUCUCAUUCUUUAUGGCGCAACCAGUCUCUACUUUGCGGGAGUCAUGGUGCGUUUGAUGUUGGUGCUGGCUCCUGUGAUGUGCAUUCUCGGAGGAAUUGGUGCUUCGGCUCUGCUUCUUACGUACAUGAAACAAAUCGAAAGUGGAAAAGUCGCUGAUAAGAAAUCUAAGAAAUUUGAGAGCAAUUAUGUUCUGAGGAGUGAGAUUGCCACACUUUUUGUAAUAGUGAUGAGCGUGCUAUUCUUUUCCUAUACUCUCCACUGUACAUGGGUCACGGUUGAAGCUUACAGUUCUCCAAGUAUUGUUUUGUCUGCUCGAUCUCCAGAUGGCGGUAGAAUGAUUUUUGACGAUUUCAGGGAAGCCUAUUACUGGCUUCGCAUGAACACACCAGAGGAUGCAAAAGUUAUGUCCUGGUGGGAUUAUGGAUAUCAGAUAACAGCGAUGGCAAAUCGGACAAUUUUAGUGGAUAACAAUACUUGGAAUAAUACUCAUAUAUCAAGGGUUGGACAAGCCAUGGCGAGUUCGGAGGAAAAAGCUUAUGAAAUUAUGAGAGAGUUGGACGUGAACUAUGUGCUAGUUAUCUUCGGAGGCUUGACAGGAUAUUCUUCUGAUGAUCUGAACAAGUUCCUGUGGAUGGUGCGAAUCGCUGGUAGUACCGAAAAAGGAGAGUCCAUAAGUGAGUGGGAUUAUUACAAUCCGGCUGGCGAGUUCAGAGUUGAUAAAGAAGGAACGCCCACUUUACUCAACAGCCUUAUGUACAAAAUGUGUUAUUUCCGAUUCGGUCAAGUCUACACUGAAGGAGGCAAACCAUCUGGAUACGAUAGAGUCAGAAACAUGGAAAUUGGAAACAAAGACUUCGAAUUAGAGACACUUGAGGAAGCAUACACGACCGAGCACUGGCUAGUUAGAAUCUACAAAGUGAAAGAUCUGAAAAACCGAGGAAUUUGAAGUGAGUUUUUCUCCAAGUUUCUCAGCUCUCAUCAGUGUUCUGUCGUCUUUGAAAAACCUCGGUCAUUGCAAGAAAUCGAAGCUUGCCUCGGUUUUGGACGUGCAAAAAAAAAAAAAAGUGGUGGACAUAAUAACUUAAAGAUUUUGCAGUUACGCUUAUUUUAGAGUUGAUCAGUGCUAAUUCUCAGUGAACUUUUUGAAUACUUUUUUAUUGACUGACUUCUUGAAUCGUAUUUCGAUCCUAAGAUCGCCGUCUACAGCAUUUUUGUGCGCCCGCAUAUUUCGCACAAGGGAUUGUGGUGAGAUGGUAUAUAGGAUAUAAGUUAUACAAGAAUUAUACAAGAAAGUAAGGAAUCUUCUAUUUUCCCGGAAUGACUGAAUAUAUUUCUAAUGAAACGUGAACGUUUGAUAGUAUGCGAGUAAAGUGCAUUGGAGAAAUUAAAAUUAAAUGUUUUCAUACGGUUGAAUGAUAGUGAGUAAUUUUCCACCCAGUGAUGUAAUGAACUAAUAAAUAAAACAAAAGGAUGGGAAUUGAAUAA